UAUUGGAAAAAGUUGAAUGUAAAUGAUGACGUCAACCCACACAGUUCAAUGAAUUUCAUUCUUUUUUAUACUUCUAAUUGAUCAAUGUCGACGAAUUCGACCAGCAAACAAGCAAUGAUGGGCGUCGCUAGAUUGGUCGUAUUGCUCUCGGUAGUCCUUUGUUUUGUACCAUCGAAUGGAUUUUCGGCAGCUCCCGCCAGCAGCGGUACAUCGCAGCUAUCCAUAGAGGACUUGGUCAGGGACCAGCUGGGAUAUUUCCCCCCGAAUUAUGUAAAAGUGUCGGCCUGGAAGAAAAAAUCCAACGAAAGCACCCCCCUCGCCAUCCAGACCUAUCCCCUGAACGGAGGAGCGAAACGACGCCAAAACAAGGCCAAACUUCCACAAGACCAAUCAAAGGAAAAAUCUGAGCAGCAACCCAUCGUGCAGUCUCCCUUUCCUACGCUUUUUUGGUUGACUUGUCCCGAUAUUUCGAGAGCUGUUGCAAAUCUAGAACGUAGGGGAUUUGUGCAGAUAUUCGAAGACGAACUAAACUCCAGAUCCGAUCUAGCGAUACGGCUCUUUCGGUGCCACGAAGAAUACGCCCGGCUGCGGUGGAAAAGCCUUACGGAAGAAGACCGAAAUGUGUUGACUUCGUCCUCUUCAUCGUCACCAUUGACGCCGUCCCUGCAGCGAAUGAGAAACAUGAUGGAACACUCGGGGAUUUCGGGCACGAAUUUCACCGAUAUUUCCUCGUGGGACAAGGACUACGACAGCAAUUUCGAGAGCGAUUGCGGAAGUAUUGUCGAAGCUUACGUCGGUAAACGAAGCGUUCAACAGAAAAAGGAGUGUGGUGAAUCAUCGUUGUCGUCGACAGAAGCUGGUCUGGUCAAAGUGCCACCCAUCAAAUGCCUCCAUGCACAUUACGCUCACUACCGUAGCACGGUCUCGGAAAAGUCGACAACCUAUGUUAAUCCCGUUGGAGAAUUGAUACACAGACAACUCGAGAAGGACUUUCCAGAUCUGGAUUUGUAACGAAGGAUAUAGCGCACCUGGAAUGAUAUUCUUCACUGAGAUUGAAGGUGGAUCUCAUAACAACUAGAGCACUAGUUGGAAUGUCRGCAAUCGUAUUGUCGGUGUUCUCCUAAUCAACUACCUCCACUUGUUGUCUCAGGUAUAAAACUAAAAACGAGAC